UUGUAUGGAGUGUGCGAAUAUAUUUCACAAAGUCUAUUGCAACUUAAAUGUUACAAGGAUGUUAUAGGAUUACUAACAGAUAGAAAUGUAAUCGUUCCAUGUGUCAUAGCAGCGGUUCACAAAUGCUGUAAUACAUUUAUGUUUUUAGAUCCUUCACAAACUACUAAAACUGUACCAAGUGAUUUAAAAUUCAAGAUAAUUAUUUCUAUUAAGAAUAACGACAGUCAUACUGAUUUCAAACUAUUUGAUAAAAAACCAGAUAAGAUAAUAUCUGUUUUCAAUUACUCAAUCAAUUUUUACAACCAAGAUACUACUUGCAAUUUGCUAAGUACAGGAUGUAUAUCAGGGCAUUCUUUUAUAGCUGCAACAUCAGGUAGCACAGGAGACAGAAAAUACAUUCAAGUCCCAGUCCAGUGCAUUCAACCAAAUAUAGAUGACUUAACUAAAUUAUUUAAUAUUCAGUCUAAUGAUAUUAUAUAUUUUUCAACACCACUUACAUUUGAUCCUUCCAUGAUUGAAAUUUUGUUAGCUUGUAAAAAUGGAGCAUCACUUUUAAUAGCACCUGAAAAGAUUGAUAUUUUAUUUCCUAAGAACCAGCAAAAUUCCAUAACUAUUUGGCAGACAACUCCCUCAAAAUUCUUUCAAUACUCGAACAGUGAAAUACAAAAUACCAUUUUAAGUGCUUGCUCUACUUUAAAAAUAUUAGCACUUGGUGGUGAACCAUUGAAUGGUAUUAACAGAUUAAGAAAAUCUAAGCAUUUGAAUAACAUUACUCGAAUAUUUACAUUAUAUGGAGUUACAGAAAUGUCUUGUUGGGCUUGUGUAGCAGAGCUUGAAUUAAGUAAAAUGAUCAUAGACCGUGAAGUGCCAUUGGGCAAUUGUCUUUCAGAAACUCAGGUGCAUAUUGAUACAGAGAAUUCAAAAAGUAAUUCUGGUAGAAUAAUACUAGUGAGUAAUACACGGAAAUGCGUUGUUCUGAACUCCGGUAAUAAUGGUGAGGAAUGUUCUUUAAAAUUCAUUGAUACUGGAGACAUUGGGGAAGUUACCCAAGGUACCAUUUACUACAGAGGUCGUAAAGAUGAUACUAUAAAGAGAUUCGGGAAUAAAGUUAACCUUCAGUUUAUUGAGAAUAAUAUUAUGGAGCAUUCAGGCUUGAAGACAUGCUCUUGUAUUUGGUUGCCUAAGCUUAUGCUACUUGUGGUAUAUUUCUCAUCAGAAACUGUCAGUUGUCAAGAACUUUCCGAUUAUAUAAAGAGUAAACUUGAAGAUAAAUAUUGGCCAGACAAAAUUAUAAAGGUUGACAGUUUACCUAUUAAUGCACAUGGAAAAACAUCAAAGCAAAUUCUAUCCAAAAUGUUUGAAGGAGAUUUAGUAGCACCAAAAAUGAAGAACUCACCAAGUUUGGCUUUCCAGCAAGAACUUACAUUAUUAUUGAGAAAUAAGUUUAUUAUUGACGAAAUAAAAGACAAAACUUUCUUUUCAAUUGGUGGCACAUCUUUCCUAGCUAUUACUAUAUGUAAUAAACUUUCUCUGUUGUAUCCUCAACUGGGAAGUCUAAUUUUGCCAUAUUUAAUUGAAAAUAAAAAUACUGUACAAGAUAUCAUUCAAAUGAUUGAAAAAGAAUAUGUUGAUGAGAAAAAAAUAUCAAAAAAGAGAACCAAAAGACCCGAGUCUAGAUCAAAAAGAUUUGCACCUAAUCGGGGUAUGAAGGAAAUACUAGAUAAAAAUAAAGCUCUUGUACAGUUUGAAGAACUGUGGAAAUAUGACACUGGAAAAUGUGUAGAUGCUUCUCCAACAUUAUAUGUAACUAAACAGAAGGCAUUCGUUUCUGUAAGUAGUCAUUCGGGGAAAAUUCUUGUAGUGGACGCAGUCACCGGAAAUAUACAGGGAACUAUGAAGAUUAAUUCACGAAUAGAGGCAUCAGUAUUUUGCUUUGACAAUGAGGCGAAUGGACAUUGUGGUGUUGUUGGCUCAUAUGAUGGUACUAUAGAAUGUUUUACAUUAGAGAAUUGUGAGGAGGUCUGGAAAAUUAAUAUUGGUUCUAUGGUAAAGAGUAAAGCUACAUGUUGCAACGGCAUGCUCUAUGUUGCUUCAUAUGAUGGAGCAAUACGCUGCAUUGACAUAAAGAAUGGAGAUAUCAUUCAUACAAUACAAAUAACAAAGCAAGCGAUAUCGGCAGACUUAGUUCUCGCUAAAAAUGACUACAUAUUGGUCGGUGCACUGUCCGGCGUCUGCGCAGCUUUAGACACGAGGACAAAAAAAGUCGCUUGGCGCGGAAAGCUAAGUAGCCCCGUUUUUGCAAGUCCGGCUCUCUACGACGAUGAUAAAUACGUCGUUUUUGCCGAGGUCAGCGGUGAAUUACAUUGCCGAUCUGUUGAGAAAGGCAUCAAGGUUUGGAAAUAUCAAGGUGCUAAAGGAAAUAUCUUUUCUUCACUAUAUAUAAGAAAUUUGGAAGCUUUAAAAUGGCAGUUUGUAUUUGGAUGUCACGAUAAUAAAGUUUACAGUAUUACUGUUAAAAAUUUUCACCCUUCUUUACAAUGGAGAACUGAAAGCUGUGAGCGCGGCCGGCGUGCGAGCACAGGUUGUGGAAGGGCAGCAGGUGCGCGAUUCGCAGGCUGCGGCGGGGCGGCGUGCGGGGCAGGCGCGGGCACAGCCGCGGGCGUCAUUUCGCGCGACGACUUGUCCGACAUGUCGUCGCUCGGCUGGAUUUUGUGUAUGCACAACCACUCAGACCUAUCACCAUGA